CGCUGGUUCGGGGGGUGCCCACAUCCAAGAUGGCGCCCCCAAGAGCUGGGAGCGGGUGACCGGCGGCGGGGAAGCGGCCUGGGUUGGCCCUCCGAUUGCGGGGUCCUGGGGGCAUCUCGCCGGGUACCCCCCUGGCCCGCCUACAAGGGCUUCCCCGGCCAGAGCAAUGGCCGCCGAUAACAGCAAGCAGUUUUGGAAGCGGAGCGCCAAGCUGCCGGGGAGCAUCCAGCCUGUGUAUGGAGCACAGCACCCUCCUCUGGACCCUCGGCUCACCAAAAACUUCAUCAAAGAACGGUCCAAAGUCAACGCUGUUCCUUUGAAGAAUAAGAAGGCCUCCAGUUUCCAUGAGUUUGCCCGGAAUACCAGUGAUGCUUGGGACAUUGGCGAUGAUGAGGAAGAGGACUUUUCCUCACCUUCUUUCCAAACUCUAAACUCAAAAGUUGCUCUGGCAACCGCAGCCCAAGUCCUGGAAAACCACAGCAAGCUGAGGGUGAAACCAGAACGUUCCCAGUCAACAACAUCCGAUGUUCCUGCCAGCUACAAGGUCAUAAAGUCCAGCAGUGACGCUCAGCUGUCCAGAAAUUCCAGUGAUACAUGCUUGAGGAACCCACUCCACAAACAGCAGUCACUCCCUCUCCGACCCAUCAUCCCCCUGGUUGCCCGCAUCUCAGACCAGAAUGCGUCUGGGGCACCCCCGAUGACUGUCCGGGAGAAAACUCGCCUAGAAAAAUUCCGUCAGCUUCUCUCGAGCCACAACACUGACUUAGAUGAACUGAGGAAGUGUAGCUGGCCAGGGGUUCCCAGGGAGGUUCGACCUGUAACCUGGAGACUCCUGUCGGGCUAUCUCCCAGCAAACACCGAGAGGAGGAAGUUGACUCUGCAGCGGAAGCGGGAGGAAUAUUUUGGCUUCAUUGAGCAGUAUUACGACUCGCGAAAUGAGGAACAUCACCAGGAUACCUACCGGCAGAUUCACAUUGACAUUCCAAGGACAAAUCCUCUCAUUCCGUUGUUCCAGCAGCCACUUGUACAGGAGAUCUUCGAAAGAAUUCUUUUUAUUUGGGCCAUCCGACACCCUGCCAGUGGGUAUGUCCAGGGAAUUAAUGACCUGGUCACUCCGUUCUUUGUCGUCUUCCUCUCAGAAUAUGUGGAAGAGGAUGUGGAGAACUUUGAUGUGACCAAUUUGUCUCAGGACAUGCUUCGAAGCAUUGAAGCCGACAGCUUUUGGUGCAUGAGCAAGCUGCUAGAUGGGAUCCAGGAUAACUACACCUUUGCACAACCAGGGAUCCAGAAGAAGGUCAAGGCACUGGAAGAGCUUGUCAGCCGGAUUGAUGAGCAGGUGCAUAACCACUUCAGGAGGUACGAGGUCGAGUACCUACAGUUUGCCUUUCGUUGGAUGAACAACCUGCUCAUGCGGGAGCUUCCCCUUCGCUGCACCAUCCAACUGGACACCGGUCCCCUCCUUGUCUGUGAGCACUCUGGGGGACACCUGGUGACUGUGGACGAAGAGGACAAGCAGGUUCCCAGUAGCAGUGGUGUGCACAGAGCCUUUGAUCCCAUUUGCUCCAUCAGUGUCCCCGAGCUGCCACAGCCCCUAGAAGAAUGGAAUGUUGUAGAGCAAGUCCAGGUUCAGGUGAACCACCCUGAGAACAUGGCGGCCGUGGCCUUCUCCCGGGAGGCUAAAACGUCUUUUCUUGCAUCCCAGGGUCUCCUGAUGCUGCUACAAAACCUGCCUACGAUACACUGGGGCAACGAAGAGAUCGGGCUGCUCCUCGCCGAGGCGUACAGACUGAAGUACAUGUUUGCCGACGCCCCUAAUCACUACCGCCGAUAGGUGCCGUCUCCCCGGGGGACCCCGACUGUCCCCAUCUCCGAGGGCAGUCGGAUCACUGUGGCCACUGUGCGAGCCGUGGACUCUGGCCAGGAACCACUCCUGCUGUAAAAAGCUCACACCCGCCGCCCAGGUCUUAACUCUUCGGCGUGCCCGUCCACCACUCCCUGUCUCUGGAUGUGUUUCUCGGACCGCCGUCAGUAUCCCAGGACGCGUGGACGGGCCCAGAUCUGGGAGAGGACAGGGAAGGAGGUACAUGGUUGUCUGCCCCUUUACAAGAAACUGGACAAAAGAAGGGGAAGGCUCAGGGUCUCAAUUCACAUUGUCCCUACAUGGACGGACUGUCUCUCGCCCUCCUGCCCCAACCGAUGCCGUUGCUUUUUGUGACGUAGUUUGAUUUGAUCACAGGUCAAAAAACACCUUAUGUUUUCAGAAGACUCCUGGUCCCUCCCCGCCGCUUCCCCAGUUCCUAGCCCUUCCCCUUCUGCCCUGGUCUGAGCCAGUGAGGGGCAGCUGGAGACUGCUGUUCUCAGAUGGAGGAGGCACUGAUGCUUACAGCUCUGGGGAGAGGCCUGCACCCAAGGGCUAGGAAUUUUAUUUCUCCUUUUCUCACCAGAUGUCUGUGUGUGCGCCUGCGUCUGUGUGUGUAUGUGUGUGUACACACCCAUCAGCAUUUAGUUCCGUGUCUGAAUUUAUGUGUCCACACUAGCCCCGUCACCACCAGCUGGGAAGGGCCCCGGUGACCAGGUCUACAGGCGUCCCUUGAGAAGGAUCAGGGCAGGGGAGGGAGAAGGCUUUAUACCUCUCCACACCCUUUUCCCAUGAUGACCCACUCCAAGAUAUUAUGUGUAAAUUGUGUUAUUAUGUAUAUGGGUAAAGAUGUACAAAUAUAUGUCCUCUUUGUAGCA